AUGAGCGUCAUCACUCUCGCGCAAGCACCCACCCGCAUCUCUUAUCGACCCGGCGCAAGCCCAGAAGUAUUCCGCUUCAUCAAAGGCGCAAUUCACGGUGCGAUCCUAGUUCAAGUCGUUCUCCACGCCAUCUUCACGGCCUUUGUCGUAUGGCUUGAUCGCUAUGUUUUUGAUACGGUUGGGUUGCCAAAUUCUAUAAUCCCAUCUCUCUCCAUCGUCGUUGGUUUAAUGCUCGUCUUCCGCAACCAAACCUCGUACAACCGCUUCUGGGACGGCCGUAACGGCAUGACAACUAUCCACACCACAAUCCGCAAUCUCGUCCGUACUAUCCUCUCGAACGCCUACAGCACCGCGCGCCCACCAACGCCCGCUGAGAAACACGACAUUGAGCGUACUGUCCGCAUCCUAACUGCUAUCCCAUUCGCGGUUAAGAACCACCUCCGCGCGGAAUGGGGCGCAGCUUUCGAGACUGAUUUUGGCGGCGCCUCUGCCUCUAAUUUCGCCGGCCUUGGUAGUGGUCUCCCGGGUUUGUUGGGUAGUGACCUGAGAGAGAACGGGACAGCGGUUUACAACCCCGUUUAUGCGGGCUUGUUGCCGCCGGAUCUCCAGGGGUAUGAGGGAGAGGGACUGGGUCUCCCCUUCCAGCUAUCUUUCUUUGUAGAUGGAUUUAUUAAGCGCGGUGUGGAAAGGGGGUGGUUCAACGCGCCUGGAGCAAGCCAGAUGCAAGCGCAGCUAAACGUGCUCAUGGACGCUUUCGGCAAAAUGGAGACGAUAAAGCUAACACCCAUCCCUGUCGCCCAUUUGAUUCACCAAAAACAGGUCCUUGCGCUGUAUGGAUGUGUGCUGCCAUUUGCGAUGGUCGAUGACAUGGGGUGGUGGACAAUCCCAAUUGUUAGCUUGGUGAUCUUUACGCUCUAUGGGAUCGAGGGGAUUGGAUCCCAGCUUGAAGACCCGUUCGGGUAUGACCGGAAUGAUAUCAAGAUGGAUGCUCUCGUUGGGGAUGCGCGGAUGGAGAUUGAGGCUGUGUUGGAGGAGUGGAGGAGGGUCAUGGCGGUUGUGGAGAGGGAGCGCGCUAGUUACGGUGAUGAAGGGGAGAAGGAGGAAGGAUUUAUGAUGCCAGACAUGUUUUUAAGGCCGAGAUUUAGCGGACCUAGUGUCGGCCACGGCGAAUAG